GUGUCCACUGCCUUUAAAAGAAGAUGUCCAAGCCAAGAAUGAUCUCGACAAAGCGCUAAACCAACGGGGGGUGACUUGGCUCGGUGGAGGGGUUGCCUUAUUCAUCCAUGCUCCUCAGCCUUUGUUCAGAAUCAACAAUAUUAAGCGAUUAUAUAAGUCUUUGUUGGGCGUAUAUCUUUGAGAGCUCAUUCACCGGUGUUUACGCGGAUCUCUUGGAGGUGUUAUGCCAUGAUGGGAAUUCCGUGUACGGGUUGGAGACAUUGUGCAUACGGUAUACUACACUGAAAUUUCAACGUGUCACCUUGGAUCUUUCUCGAGAGACUUCGAAGCUGUGUUUUCACUUCAACACAUCAUCUUUACACCAGAAAGAAAUCUUCAUGUGCGUUGUAAUCGUCGGUCUGAUUGUUCAAGGAUGUUUCUUAUUGAUGACUUCAAGCGUUCACAAACAUAAGAACAUUGUAGACAUGACGAACAUUCGGGCCAUGACAAACGACAUCAACCAUCCUGCAAUAGAGCGCCACCAGCGGUCAAAUAACGAGAGUGAACAAUUAAUUGCGAACGAUGUAGAUAAACAAAGUCCGCAGCAAUUAAGGGUUGCCUCGACCAAGUUGUUGACCAUUGAUCCAGCCACUGUCAAGAAGACGCCUCCAAACUCGUCCACAGAGGGCCGCUGCCAUUACAGGGUCCAAGUGUACGACAAAAAUGGAAAACUUUCUGUACACAAACCAGUGCUUAAAAAUGUUGUUAAACGAUCUACAGGCGGAGCAGUUGUACGAACCACCAUACCCUGCGACAAUCAGUGCACUAUUGAGCUCACUCUCGCUGAUGAAAAGAACAAGUUUGAAGGAAUGGAUGCAGUUGUCUUUCAUUUCAUGAAACUCCUUAUUCCAAAACCCCUUCCAGAGCCGGCACAUCCCAACCAGACGUGGAUAUAUCACUCGUGGGAGUCCCCGCGUUCAAACAACGGCGAAGGUUUAAAGAUCAACCGUCUACCUGUCCACGCCACGUGGACAUACCACCGGGGCUCGGAGAUCGUCACUCCGUACGGAUUCUACCGGCCAGGGGUCCCCAUGACAAACCAGACGAAAUCACCCAAAGAAUGGGUUAAAGGAAAGAGGAAAUUGGUAGCGUGGAUGGCCAGUAACUGUGUUAACACCUUCUGGCCAAGGAGUGCCUUUGUGAGUGAAUUGAAGAAAUUGGUUCCCGUGGAUACUUAUGGAGCGUGCGGAUCGUUGAAAUGCACACCGAGCUGGUCAAAGAAAUGCACGGUGGACUUACUGCGACAGUAUAAGUUCUACCUAUCUCUGGAGAAUGCGGAAUGCGGUGAUUACAUCACGGAGAAACUAUGGCAGAAACCGCUGAUGCAAGGAGUGGUUCCAAUCGUCUACGGUCCCAACAGAAAAGUCUACGAGGAUCUCACACCUCCAAACUCAUUCAUAUACGUCGGUGAUUACAAGAACGUGAAAGAACUCGCGGAUUACCUGAAACUGUUGGACUCCAAACCCGAGCUGUAUGCCCAAUAUUUAGCGUGGCAGUACAAGGGUAGCAUUGGACUUCCUAAACCGAUGCACGAGUCACAUGAACCUACCAUCUUCUGCAAUCUUAUACCGACGAUAGAGAAAGUUAGACGGGGGGAGUUGAAGAGAGUGCCGGUCGGACAAAGCAAAUUUGCAAGAGCGUGUAGGGCUCCCGUUAAAGGUCGAUCGGUCUCAAUUUACGGUGUACGGAAAUGGGACCCUUGGUAAAAUAAUAUUUAUAAAAAUUGAUUGAUUUAUAGUGUGUACAUUCCAUUAAAAUAUACACAAGCGCGUAACAAAAUAUAGACAAUGCUUACAAAGCAAACAACUGGUAAAGGCAAGGAAAUACGAAAUACCACCCUAAAUAAGAAAGACAACAUUAUUCACAGGGCAAGGGAAAGCGGCCUUCUUGGAUUUAUUAAAAACAAGAGUUUAAAAAGCAAUUAGGUAAACAGAAUAAUACUAAUAAUGAUAUUCAAAAAAAAUAGUUAAAGGCCUGACGGUUCGAGCAUAACAGAGUCUUAUUAAUAUAAGUAGCGUUUAUUAUUUCAUUGUGAUUAGUCUUCGGUUUUUUUUGUUUUGUUUUUUUUCAAUUCAGAAAAUAAAUCUUUCCGAAGAAGGUUUUAGGCGGCAAAAAAAC